GAUGCCGUCAUUGUCAGGAAUGAGAUGGACUGUUUUUUAUGUACUGCUGCUCUUCUUGAGGAGACAGGCAGCGUCCAGUAAAGAGAGACAAUGUUCUGUGGCUCGAGUGGGGGCUCUCCACCCAGUUGAGGCCCUGCUGGAGAAGUUUGAGGCGGGCCCGGGCUGCGCCGCCAGAGAGAGCGGGAGCAAGGAGACGCAUGUCAUCGCAGUGGGGAGAGGAACCAGCGGCACUGACAGCAUGGUCACAAUAUUAUUGAAGCCGUUGUCUCUAAGUUUGAGCAAGUCGGCGUCGAGAAAAAUUUAUUUACUCCUCAGCUCCAAGCAACCAAUCAGCUGGAGGCUGGAAGCUGAGAGACUGCCCCCUGACCUCCCUGUAAUCGUCAAGGUGUCCUCAAACUCCAGCGUACAGUCCCAAACUCUAAGUUUGCUCGUCCGGCCACUGCAUUGGCUCCCUUUCCGGCCGCGUGCGCUAUACCGCUGGGCUCUGAAACACCACGGUAACCUGUCCUCUCUGACACAUGUUACCCAUGGAAACAGAGUCUAUGUCCGUCUUGGAGAGGAUCUGACCCAGCCUCCUGUCUGCCAGUUGAAGUCAAUGUUCGUCUCCAACAACUACAUGACUUCAGACCUGCAACCGCAGGAAGUGCAGGGCUGCGGCCAUUCGGCAGCAAGUGGAAACGACCCAGAGGUUCACGUCAUCAAACUCCAUUCCGCAGGCUCGGGACUCUGCGGCUCACUGCAGGUGGAGGUGAUCGUCUCCCUGGUGGCCCCGUCGCCCGAUUCUUGGAGGCAAAAGGUGGUGCUGAUUCUGAGCAGUUCGGUGCCAGUCAACUGGGCCGUCGUUGCUCACGACGUCCGGGGUCAUAUCUUGAUUCACUCUUCUAACAGCGUUUCCCCUCCCUACCCUCCUGAGCCUGAACUGAGUCUGACGACCACACUCAUCCCCGACCUGUCCACCAUACCAGACCUGCUUGCGUGGGCCAAAGAGAACGGCUACCGCAACGUGACCUCUUACACCGAAGCCGAUCAGGCCAAUCGCUUUGUCAUCCAGCUGGUUGGGACCAAGGCAGCGAUGAAGGCCAUUGCUGAGAGGCCUGCGUGGGCUGAGGAGCGCCACCUGAGAGAGUGGCUCGCUGGUGGAGCGAGAGCCCGCCGAGGCCGAGACGGUUUCGCAGUGCAGUGUGAAGACGGACGCCUCAGCGUGGCAGUGGACCAACGCAUCCUACAGAGUUUUCCUGUGCCUGUUUCGGCCGUAACAUUGCGGGACCCAACAUGCCAGGCUCAGUCCAAUGGGAGUCAUUUCCUGUUAGUGUUCCCUGUCAUUUCCUGUGGGACUGAGGGACAACUCCUGGGACAGACUCAAGGGGUGCAGUACAAAAACACGGUGCUGUUAUGGAAAGAGCAGCCUGCUACCACAUUGUCAAACAAUGAGACUGAUUGGAUCUCCAGCAGUUCACUUGGAAUCCAAGCCCCCUGGGUUCCCGUGCCUGAUCCUGGACCGUUGCACUUUUCCUCACGCAGACUCAGAUCGGGCCCUUUGCUUCUUCUGAAGCUUUUCGUCACUGAGAGCUACAAACAGCGACGCGUUGGACCCUGCGUCAUCACUGCUGACCAGCGUGUUUAUGUCGAGAUUUCUGCCAAGGGCCCCUUCAUCGACGUCGCCGAGGUGAAGUCAUGUGUUGUUUCCCCUCUGUCGGACCCCAAAACCUCUUCGUUCUGGGCUGUCAUACGCAACAACUGUCUCGCAGACCCCUCUCUUACCUUUGCGCGUGCAAAAGUGGAGGGGGAGACCGAAGAUGCUGAUGAGCAGGAGGAAGAGCUGGAAGACAGACUUGAUGAUAAAAAAGGUUCCGAGGAGAUCAGCGAUGAGGAUGACGGCGUCUCCGUUGACGACAAAGGCAAACGCAAGGGGAGAGAAGAACCCUCGCGGAAGGACGCAGUGAUAAGGCCGUUACGAUUUAGUUUCAUCCUGCGACCAGUUUACAACGUCUCCAUGCAGUUUCUCCACUGCAGCCUUCACCUCUGCGUGUCCGACAAGACGACCAGGGAGCCCGCAAAGAAGAGAGUCAGAAAAGAAUGUCCGGAUGGUAAACGUAUCCCUCCGCUUGUGUCGAGGACACUUGGACAGCAGUGUGAGAUUCGAAACCUGUCCCGCCCCAUGGUGGUCACUCAGCCUGUGACCUCGCUGGCACGUAAAGCGCCGAAGUCCUCCACGGGCCUACGAACCAAGAGGCUGAGUGUCUCUCCUCUGGCCGUUCCCGCCUCGCCACAACAAAGAAGUUCUUCAUUGCAGACCGGUCCACUGAUUGGAAUCGCCUUGGCAGCCUUUGUAUUGGGUGUCAGUUUGAUGGCGGGGCUGUGGUACGUCUCCAGUUCCACAGUUUCCCGCCAGAUACCAUUUGAAGGAGAGGUUUACUCAACAGACCCGACACGUGGAGGUCACAGAGCGCGCGGCCCAUCUUCUCCGUCAGAUGAGUUGACCAGCUCGGUUUAAAGGUGAGAUAACUGGAUUUAAGAACCUGAGCCGUAUGUGGUCUACUUUUGAAAUCAGAAGCCAGCAAAUUGUUUGUUUAUUUUAAAGGGGGGGUGGAAACAAACAAACCUGACAAUAUCUCAUCUCAGUGGUGUUAAAAGUGACGAAGAAAUGGCAAAGAAACACAAAGUCGACACACAUGAUUUGCCCUUUGCGGGCCACAUCAAUAAUGUCAGCGGCCAGAUCGGGCCCCCCGGGGCCAUGACUUUUGACACCUGUGCUUCGUACAGUUAUUGUGAUUCAGGUCAGUUUUCACUCCAUUGCAACAUGGAUGCAUCUGUGUAAAUUCCAUUUCCUAAAUGGGACAGAGUACCAUACAGAUUGUCAAAACUUUGCCAUCAACGGUUACAGAAAAUGUGUCACCAUUGGUGAGCACCUGCAAAGUGUGAAGACCGUUUUUUUUGUUGUUGUUGUUGCUGAAUCUCUUUCUCAGUGUUUCCUCCAACAAACGGAACACAUGGUGGGCUGAGAGGAGUUCAGACAAAAUACUCUUGUAUGUGAAAUACUCUGAAAUUGCUGCCAAGGCAGAGCGUGACCUACGUGACCAACAUCCCUCCUGCUCAUUCCGUCGUUGUAUAAAUCCAGACUAGGUUUUUACAGCUGCUGCCUAUUUAAAACUGGAGGUAUAACCACGUGGGAUUAUGUAUUUGCAUCCUCAGAAAAUGAACUGGAGGCCAAAUCAGAGACGGCCUACACCACCACCAUUUUCCAAUAUCUGUGUUCUAGCAGGGAAUAUCCGUGACUUUUAGCUAUUGUCACCAGAAGAUCUCUGGUUGCAGACUGGCUCAUGUUCAUGUGCUACCGAACUGCCAUUCAGAGCAUCUUGUGUCACCAAAGUGUGGCUUCGCUGUUUCGCGGAUUCUUUUUUUUUUCGGUGCCAUUUUUUUUCCACGCAUUUUGUUCUGCGUCCUGAUUGUCGAAGGACUGAAGAUCAAUGUCAACAGUCUCCACGCCUCGUCUCUGUCCAGCUUGUCAAAUUUACGUUUGCAACAAAACAGGUUUUGAUCUUUGGUUUAAUCCUAUGGCACAGUAUUGUAUUGUGUAAUAAUCGUAAAAAAUAACGCUGAGUGUAACUGUCGCAAUUCCAUGUUCAUGGUAAUAUUAAAUUCAUGUGCCUCUCCGCAUGAUGGUGACGGUUUAGGUUAUUCUGCCCCCUGCUGUUAAAUUUGAGGAUUACAUUGAGUGGUGAAUGUUGAUUCGACGCGCGUCAUUUUGAGGAAAGAGACGCAAGCGUGAGCUGCAUUCGGCAAGGGCUUCGAUUUAUUCUAUUACUCCUAAAUUCCCGGUUAGAAGGCUAAACGGUAUGUGGCUAUGACUAAUGUGUGUGGGUUUUUUUUAAUGCUGUUGAGAUAUAUGUAAGGAUGUUGUACUUCAUAGUUUUUCACCCCAAAAUGGUGUUCAUCAGCUAUGGACGUGUGGACAAUAAAGGCUGUUGAACGUUG